GUACUGGCAACAUUCUCAAGUUGUCAUCCAACAAACCAAGCUAACGGCCGAAUGUGAUCUGCUCGUUUACUGAUUUUCUUUUCGCUCGCUUUUUUGCGUCGUUGUCAUUGCUGUGAAAGUGUUUUGGUGAUAAAAUUAACUCGGUGAUCGCGAUCGCAAGUAUAACUACUAAAAUAAUGGAAGAAGACACAGAAAACAAAUUGGUAUCCUGGGAUGUGCCGUCAGUAGUCGUCGAGAACUUCAAAAGGACUGCUUCAAAUGACGACGCUAUUUGGCUGAAAUAUAACAAUGAGCUAUGGGACCAAGUUUGUGAAAGGUGGAAUAACACCUUUGAAUUAAGACACAAACAAAAGUUUGAAACUGUAUAUGAUUUUCUUGAAACCUGGGCCAUUUGAAAAGACAGCAAAGCAGAUACUCUGCAAUGACAACGACGCAAAAAAAACGAGCGAAAAGAAAAAGAGCACACAAGCAGAUCACAUUCAGCCAUUAGCAUUUGGUUUGUUGGAUGACAACUUGAAAAUGUUCAAAUUCAAAUGGGAUUUAAGUUCAACCCAGGACCUUGUGCUUCAUAGGCAGAGUCACUACCCACGAAGAAAGAUACAGAGGCCGUUAAAAUACAAAAUAAUUCCGGUGCAGAUUUACCUGCUAUAUUUUUUAAUACCACCCAAAGGCCGAAAAUCUAGGAAAGUCAAGUUCUCAACCAUUGAAUCAAUCCAGGGCUUAUUAGUUCAGAUAGAUGACGCCGGAGAUAUCGACAGCGUAAUCGCAGCCCAGAAAGCUAAGGCUGCAGCCCGGAAGGAUACCGUGCAACCCUUCGUGCUCAUACAAAGACCGCUACAAAACUUCGCCCAGAUAUACAUCGUUAUUCAUGAUAUCAAAUACCACGUGCAUUCAGCUGCAAAGGCGUUCGACUUAUUGUUUAAGAUUUACCGCGUUUUCCACGCCAAGUAUCCCCAAGUGUGUGAGCACCUCCACGUAAUUAUUCAAAAAAAGUGUAUCAAAUCCAUACGGCGUAUGAUACAGUACCACCGUAUAUAGUUGACGUUUUAAACUUAGAUGUGUAAAAUUUGGUCUUUGUAUUUUUAUUAAUAGUAUAGGAUCCGUACUAAGCUCGAUCUUCACCAACGUGUUAACCAGAUGAAAAUAAGUUUCUGAACAUGUCUCCUCAAUAAAAAUGAAUGGUCAAGAUUAUUUUUAAAAAAUCUUUGAAUUUUUUUUUUUAAAUAAUCUUGACCAUUUUUAUUGAGGUUACCAUAGUAAGACAUGUUCAGAAACUUAUUUUACUUAAUAAAAUAUUAUUUUCACCUGGUUAACACGUCGGUGAAGAUCGAGCUUAGUACGGAUCUUAGACUAUAAAGUUCUUGAAAUGUAAAAAUAUACUAAGCUACAGAAAUUUUAUCUAUGACAUUUUGGUCUUAUGUACCUACUUAAGUAUUUGCACCAUCUACAAUUGACGUGAUUUGUUUUAAGUUUGACUUGUAGAGAAUCUUGGUACUAAAAGUACGUCAAAAGUACAUUUUACAUUUGGAACUUAUUCAUAAAAUAAAAACUACCAUUAUUUUUAUGUGUAAGUGAGUAUCUUCAAUUACAAAUAGAGUAAGAGAUUAUGUUUUCUUUAAAUCAUUUACUAUUAGCAAACAUUGUAGACGUACUCCAACAAUUACGUAAUUCCAAGUCAGAAUAUUCCUUUUUAUCUACUAGGUGAUUCAAUUCUUUUGCAGCGUCCUCUCUUAGUGACGGGUUGUAUAAUUGAUUUUAUUAAAAACAUAAUAUUUAAUAAUAUCAUUAUUAUUUUGAUCUACAUAUCAAUUGGUGUUCAACAUAUUGCAAUUAGUGAAAAUAAAAUAAAAAUAAUUCAAGAUUGUAAACGUUUAAAAUAAAAUAAUGAACCAUGA